AUGAGAGGCCAAAGUGUGACAAGUGCUACAAGAGACCUACAGACUGCUACCGACAGUAAAGCGAUUCAAAGAGACAAAGACCAUCAGCACGUGCCCAUCGACAUCCAGACCAGCAAGCUGCUCGACUGGCUGGUGGACAGAAGGCACUGCAGCCUGAAAUGGCAGAGUCUGGUGCUGAUGAUCCGAGAGAAGAUCAAUGCAGCCAUCCAGGACAUGCCAGAGAGCGAAGAGAUCGCCCAGCUGCUCUCUGGGUCCUACAUUCACUACUUCCACUGUCUAAAAAUCGUGGACCUUCUCAAAGGCACAGAGGCCUCCACAAAAAACAUUUUUGGCCGGUAUUCUUCACAGCGGAUGAAGGAUUGGCAGGAGAUCGUCGCUUUAUAUGAGAAGGACAAUACCUACUUAGUGGAACUCUCCAGCCUCCUGGUUCGGAACGUCAACUAUGAGAUCCCGUCACUGAAGAAACAGAUUGCCAAGUGCCAGCAACUGCAGCAAGAGUACAGCCGCAAGGAGGAGGAGGGCCAGGCAGGGGCUGCUGAGAUGCGGGAGCAGUUCUACCACUCUUGCAAGCAGUAUGGCAUCACGGGCGAUAAUGUCCGAAGAGAACUGUUGGCCCUGGUGAAGGACCUGCCAAGUCAGCUGACUGAGAUUGGGGCCGCGGCACAGUCCCUGGGGGAGGCCAUCGACCUGUACCAGGCCUGCGUGGGGUUUGUGUGUGAGAGCCCUACAGCGCAGGUGUUGCCAAUGCUGAGAUUUGUGCAGAGUCGGGGACAUACAACAGUGUACGAGUGGAGGACGGGGACAGCGCCCUCCGUGGUGGAGCAGCCACAGCUUGAGGAGCCUCCUGAGCAGGUGGAAGAAGACGCGAUUGACUGGGGUGACUUUGGGGUGGAGGCAGUUUCUGAGAGUACUGACCCUGGCAUCUCUGCCGAGGCUGCUGGAAUCGACUGGGGCAUCGCCCUGGAAUCGGACUCAAAGGACCCUGGGGGUGAUGGGAUAGACUGGGGAGACGAUGCUGCUGCUCUGCAGAUUACAGUGCUGGAAACGGGAACCCAGGCUCCAGAAGGUGUUGCUAGGGGCCCAGACGCUCUGACUCUUCUCGAAUACCCUGAGACCCGGAAUCAGUUCAUUGAUGAGCUCAUGGAGCUGGAGACCUUCUUAUCCCAGAGAGCAGUGGAGAUGAGUGAGGAGGCAGACCUCCUGUCGGUGAGCCAGUUCCAGCUGGCUCCAGCCAUCCUGCAGGGCCAGACCAAAGAGAAGAUGGUUACCAUGGUGUCAGUGCUGCAGGAUCUGAUUGGCCGGCUCACCAGCCUUCGAAUGCAACACCUGUUUAUGAUCCUGGCCUCACCAAGGUACGUGGACCGAGUGACGGAGUUCCUCCAGCAAAAACUGAAGCAGUCUCAGCUGCUGGCCCUGAAGAAGGAGCUGAUGGUUCAGAAGCAGCAGGAGGCACUUCAGGAGCAGGCGGCCCUGGAGCCCAAGCUGGACCUGCUGCUGGAGAAGACCCGGGAGCUGCAGAGGCUGAUUGAAGCUGACAUCUCCAAGAGGUACAGUGGGCGCCCUGUGAACUUGAUGGGAACCUCCCUGUGACCCCCUCUGCGCUGCUGCCCACCCAGCUUCCCAGUCCUCAGGUGGAGGUGGGACAGCGGGCCUGAUGUUUCGGAGCUCUUCUUGGCACAGCACCAGACAAACUGAAGGACAGAAAGCCUCGGAUGGGACCAUCUCCCGUAUGGUGAUGCGGGCACUCACUGUGCCCACUCCUAGAUGCUGUCUCGGUUGCCUGCGGGCUGUCAGCCUGAAGCCACAGCUGCUCCUAGGUAGUCUAGUAGACUUAAUAAAAGAGGAAAAGGCUCCUGCUUCA